GAUGACUACUACCGGCGCGAACCUCCCCCCCUCUUCCUUGGAGAGCUGCAAUCUCAGAAUUCCGAUCUCCAACGGGAGCUGGGGAACCUUAAGAAGGAGCUGGAAUUGACCAAUCAGAAGCUCGGGUCCAGCAUGCACAGCAUAAAGACCUUCUGGAGUCCCGAGCUGAAGAAGGAGCGGGCGCUGCGCAAGGAGGAGAGCGCGAAGUACAGCCUUAUCAACGACCAACUGAAACUGCUCAAUCAAGAAAACCAGAAACAAGCCAUGCUAGUCCGCCAACUAGAAGAGGAACUCCGACUACGCAUGCGCCAGCCCGCGCCCGAACUACAACAGCAGCUGGAAGCACUGUUCGCCGAGAACGAGCACCUGCAGAGGGAGAUAGCGAUAUUGAGGGAUACCAUUAAGGAACUCGAGCUAAGGAUCGAAACGCAGAAGCAGACGUUGCAAGCGCGAGACGAAAGCAUCAAGAAGCUUCUAGAAAUGCUGCAGAACAAGGGGAUGGGUACGUUCUUACACGGUAAAGAGGAAGAGCGGCAGAUGUUCCAACAGAUGCAGGCUAUGGCACAGAAGCAGUUGGAUGAGUUCCGGCUGGAGAUCCAGCGGCGAGACCAGGAGAUACUGGCGAUGGCGGCGAAGAUGAAGGCGCUGGAGGAGCAGCACCAGGACUACCAGCGCCACAUCGCCGUGCUCAAAGAGUCGCUGUGCGCGAAGGAGGAGCACUACAGCAUGUUGCAGACUGACGUAGAGGAGCUAAAGGCGCGCCUAGACGAGAAGAGCCGCCUGGUGGAAAAGAAGACCGCAGCAGCUUUGGCCGCCGCGCACGAGUUGGCAGAAUUACGUGACCACUCCGAGAUCAAGGAUAGAAAGAUUAACGUGCUGCAGCGAAAGAUCGAAAACCUUGAAGACUUGCUGAAAGAAAAAGAUAAUCAAGUAGACAUGGCUAGAGCUAGGCUCAAUGCCAUGCAAGCUCAUCACUGCUCCUCUGAAGGCGCCCUCUCGUCGCUCGAAGAAGUCAUAGGAGACAAAGAGAAACAAAUCCAACAACUCCGCGAACAACGAGACAGGGCGGAACACGAGAAGAACGAGGAGCGAGAGCUCCACGAGAGAGAGAUAGCAGAUUACAAGAUGAAACUCCACGCUCUUGAAAGUGAAGUCGAAAAGUUAGGAGCAAGACUCGAGAGAGCCCAAGCCGAGAAGGACAGACUUGAAGCUAAAUUAGAAAGCUCUCAGUCGGAGCUAGGAAAAUCUAAAGCGGAGCUUGACAAAGCGGCCAGUGAGGUGGGAAGGUCUGGGGCUGACUGGGAAGCAGCAAAGCAACGCCUAGCUAGACUUGAGCUUGAAAAUGAACGACUUAAACACGAACUCGAACGCUCGCAGACUACAUUCGGCAGAAGCACGUUAACAACGUCCCAGGAGCUGGACAGAGUGCAAGAGAAGGCGGAUAAGAACGCCGCAGAGUUGAGGCGUACUCUUGCAGAGCUGAGGGUGACACAAGCAGACGCUGAGAGAGCGCAUUCCGAGGCCUCUGGGCUCCAAGACAAGCUCGAGAAGAGUCAGGGUGAGGUGUACCGCCUUAAGGCCAAGCUGGAAAAUGCACAAACGGAACAGGACAGCCUAAAAGAAGAAUAUGACCGCGUCCAAUCCAGCAUCAGUCGUCUCCACUCCGAGCGCGACAAGGCCACCGCAGAGCUCGACAAAGCUCGGGAAGAGCUGGAACGCACCCAGGCGACUCUCGGCAAGGCGCAGCUGCAGCAGGAUAAGCUGCAGGCCUCGCUGGACAACGCGCACUCGGAGAUCGACAAGCUGCAGGAGAAGCUGGACAAGUCUGCUGCCGAAGUCAGAAAGCUACAAGUGGACAGAGAGAAGCAAUCGUACGACUUCGAAUCUCUGCAAUCCCAGCUCGACAAGGCUCUGGGCCAGGCUGCGCGGCUGCAGAAGGAAAGAGAUACCGCACAACUAGACUGCGACCGCUACAGGGACAAGAACGACAAGGCACAAGCCCUAGUAGCUCGCAUCCAGAAAGAGCGAGACGCCGCGCUAGCGGAAGCGGCGAGCUGCCGAGAGCGCGCCGAGGCCGCCGCGGCCGCAGCCAAUCGGGCCGCGCGAGACAGAGACAGCGCGGCCACCGAGCUGGACGUGCUUAGAGAGAGAUGGGAGAAGGCGCAUCAGCAGCACCAGAAACUUACGAUGGAGCGCGACGACGCCCUCACAGAAACUGAGAUCCUCAAGGAGAAGCUCGAUAAGGCACUCUACUCCACGCAGAAGACCAUCGAGGAGAAGGAGACCGCCCACAAGGAGUACGAGAAAAUGCUAGAAAAAUCACAGAAUGAAAUCUACAGACUCCAGAAUAAGAUAGACAUUCUUGAAGCAGACAAAGACCGAUUGGAACUCGAACUGGAGAAACACUUACACAUGUCCACCAAAUCGAGGGAUGAUCAGAGAAAGCUGCAAGAUGAACUGUCAAGAUUGCAGGAAAUGUACGACCGAGCGUCUUUACAACUGGGCAGGACCAAAGAACAGGAAGAGAAGGCAAAGGAAGACAUGGACAGGCUAAGUGUCGAUAUAGAAAUGGUACGGGAGCGGUACGAAAAAUCGCAGAUAGAGCUCAGAAGGCUUCAAGCAGAAAAGGAGAAGCUUGUCGGUGAUAGUGAACGUUUGCAAUUCGAAUACGACCGCGCGAUGACUCAGUGCGGCAAGGCUCAGGCUUCCAACGAGAAAACGCAGGAAGAAAUGGCAAGAGUGCAAAUAGAGCUCGAAAAGAUGUACGACAAGCAUGACAAAGUAUCCGCAGAACUUAGAAGAGUACAGGCUGAACUAGAUAAAGUCAAACAGGACGCAUCGGGCGCGAAAGAAGAGGCCGAGCGGUACGCGGCACGAUACGGGAAAUACCAUGACACGAAGGAAGAACAUGAAAGAACUAAGAUGGAGCUGGAGCGACUUCGCGUGCGGUUAGAGAAGACCACGCUAGACCUGGAGCGCGCCCGCAAGGCCGAGGAGGAAGUCACCCGACUGCGCUCGGAGCUCGAACGCACCGAAGGCAUGCGAGGUAAAUACCAAUUCGAACAGGACAAGUGGACCAACGAGUUAACGCGAGUGCAAGCUGAGUUGGACAAGCAACGCGAACGCUUCGACGCGGCGCAAGUUGAAAUCCAGCGUCUACAAGCCGAAAAGGAGCAAGCAGAGACUAAGUUGCACGAGUCUAAUAUACAACUAGAGCUAUCCAAGACUGAAGUAACGAAGCUAAGUGCGGCGUUAGAAAAGCAAAGGGCAGAACUUGAACGCGCUCAUAUUGAGUGCGAAAAGUUCCGGGAUAGAUGUGAGAAGCUUAAGCUACGAUCGGAUCAGCUCGACAAAGACAACGAGCGUCUCAAAGGUGAACUGCAGCAGAUCGAAAGGAUGAAGCUCCAGGCCGUAGCUGGAGACAAGGCUAGGACUGAGGACCGACUGGAGAUCGAACGUCUUCGAGACAAACUUGAAAAAGCCAUCCAAGCAAGAGAUUCCACAGAAAUGGAGGCCGGUCGUCUAGCGAAGGAACUAGAAAAGUCGCAGAUACAUCUCGCGAAAUAUCAGGAAACGAAUGAGUCUACGCGAGUUGAAUACGAGAGGAUGACAAAUGAGUUAGGCCGCAUGCAUGAACGCCUCGAACGAACGAUCUUGGAGAUGAGGCAGAUUGAACAAGAAAGGGAUGCGCUGCGAGCCGAGAUCCAGAACACGAGGCGUAACAUUGAACAGCAACAGCGAACCCUGGAUCACCGAACGCAAGAAACCCUAGUAAAACUUCAGCAAGAAUUGGCGCAGUCUGUCCGGGACAGAGAAAAGAUGGCCUCUAUAUUAGAGCAGAGAGAUAAACAGGCGGAUGCUAUUGAAAAGCAGAUAGUCAAAUUAGAAGCAGACACAAAGCAGUUGACAAUUGAGCGCGACCAACUUGUAGCCCAAUUAGAGAAGUCUCAAGACAUGCUCGUGAACUUCCAACGCGAGCUGAACGCUUCGGAGGCGGAGCUACAAAAGCAGCGCGAAGAAGUCCGCAGACUGAAAGAGGAGCAAAGGAAGAUGGCGCAGGACCAAGAGCGCGGUACCAAAUCCGUCCUAGAGGGCAGAGAGCGUGAGAUCGCUAAACUACAGCAACAGGUCCAGACUGUUAGUAAAGAGAGGGAUACGAUCAGACAGCGAGCCGAAGCGGCCGAAAAGCAAGCUCAGAAGGCCGGAGAAGUCGAUAAGUGGAGAGCUGCCGUCGAACAGGAGAAGACCAAGGCUAUCGCAGCGGAAAAGGCUUUAGCGGAAUGUCAACAGCGUUUACAGUCGAUAGAGAAACAGUUCCAGGCGCAGCAGCAGCAACUCGCGCAGCUGCAGCGCGCCGGUGGCGGCGACGUGCGCGCGCAGCUGGAAGCGUCGCAGGCAGAGGCGCGUGCCGUGGCCGUGGAGCGCGAGCGCUGUCAGGCGCAGCUUGAAAUGCUGGUCCAAGAGCUCGAGAAGACACAGCUCGAUCUUCACGAAGCCAACAAGAAGCUACAGGCAGCUGGCGCACAGAACGCCAAAGCUGGGGAAGAUACAGCCCAAGCUAAGAAGCACCUCCAAGAAGAAUUCAAGAAGCUGGAAGACGCGAGAAGACAGUUUGAAGAACACAGGAAAGCGGUUGAAGCGAAAAGGAAAGACGUGGAAGAGAAAGAAAAGUCGUUAGCGGAACUGGAUCGGCAGUUGAAGAAGAGGAAAGAGCAAAUGGACCAAAUGGAAGCAUCUUUGAGGAAGGCUGGCGGCAGCACGGCAGCGGUGACAGACUUGAACCGCAAGCUGACAGACACGCAGAAGGAAGCGGAGACGAUGAAACAGCAGCUCGAACAGAGCAAGGAGGAGGCGGCCCGUCUCUCCGCCGAGACGGAGCGCCUGCUACAACUCGUGCAGAUGUCGCAGGAGGAGCAGGCGCAGAAAGAGAAGCAGAUGAUGGAGAUGCAACAGUCUAUAAGGAACCUCCAAGCCAAACUGAAAAGUCAGCAGCAAGCGCAAGCACAAAGAGAAGAGGAACUGAGCCGGUCGAAGCAGAGCGAGUUGGCGGCCAUGAGCGAACUCGCGCACGCCCUCGCUCACACCGACGGGUUGCGCUCUAAGCUAGAAGAGGGCAAAAUGAAAAUAAUCGACCUAGAGAUCGAGCUUAAUGAGUCAUCGCUUAUUCUGUCCGAGGUACUAAAAAUAUCAGAUAGCCAGGAGCUGACACAAAUAAAAAAAAGCAAAAGCUUUUUCGAGCUCCAGAAAAGUGGUAAGGUAGUGGAUAGGCUAGACAAGGGCAGAUUUAGUAGGAGUUUUAAUGAUUUGAACAUACUCCACGAUGAUAAAAGCGAGAAACCGAGCAUGCCUAAGCUGGCUAGGAAGAUCAGCAGCCUGUCAAAAGAGAUCGCUGUAAAGAAUUCGAAGAUUAUUGAACAGCAACGUUGCAUAUCUAUACUAGAAGAAGCACUCCGUGAAAACAAUAAUAUAGCUGAAUUUGAACAACUACUAGCCGUAGUGAGAAGCAAAGAUGAAAGAAUAACUGAGCUAGAACAGAUUAUAAAUAAGAAGUCGGGCACAAUGAGGGCUGAUUUCAAAGAUAAGAGAAUAUUGGAGUUAGAAGACGCUUUGAAGGAAUCAUUUUUAAUAGCAGCGGAAAGAGAGAAGGUUUUCUACGAGGAAGAACAAAGGAGAAUAGCAACUUUACAGAAGAUGAGAAAGAUGGAACAGCGUAUCCGCUCCCUCCAGAACGCGUCAGUCAUGAACUGUGGCACAUGUUCCUCUGUCCUGAGGAGGUUAAAACAAUUGGAGGACUCUCUGGGACACUGUGAGAGGACGAGGGACGCGGCGCUCGGCGAAUUAGCGCAUAUCAUUCAAGACAUCUUGAAAGGAGCAAUAAGCGAGAAAGACUCCCAAAUCGCCGAGCUGGAGGUGAAAGGGGUGCUGAGCGAGGUCGAAACGGAGAGAUGCAACGCACUCAAGAGCGAGCGAGACAGGCUGCUAGAAAGGCUGAAAAUUGAGAACGAACACAUAGUGGAGGUGCAGCGCUCGUUGUACCAGGCGCCCAUACCCGCCGAGGAGAGCGCGCUGCCGGACCUCGCGCUCGCCGACGAGCUCAUCGCCGUCGACAAUGUAAUACUUUGGGAGGAGGAUAUCCCGGCGACCGUGCUGUGACGUCACAAAGCUAAGUUUUCCAAUACGUUUCAAACGUAGACACACGCACCCAUCUCAUCCGCUACCUUACCAUGCUUUUCACUUCAGCCUGAAAAACGCCCCAAAAAACGCUUGCUCCGAACGCGUUCCGAAUUUUAAAUUUCGAACUGACCAACUGUUUUUUUAUUUGUGUAAAUAAAUAAGUUUUUAAUGUU